AUGACGGACCUUUUCCUCGACACAUUAGCUGGUCAGGUUAUUCGCGCCGUCUCAGGCGGUCGUCUGUGCUCAUUGCAAGAUCCCACGGCGAAUCAUAGACCAACACACAACCCCAAUGAUGACUCGCUUGCAUCUUUCGACGGCCAAACAGUCAGCACAAUAUCCGAAAAAGAAAGGGGGACCGACUUUGAAUUGAUAUCGUGGUAUGGAGACGAUGACCCGGCAAUCUCCCAGAAUCCCCAAAAUUGGUCAACGGCGAAAAAGGUCUUUGUCACAUUCUUGAUAUGUUUCUUGACAGUCAGCAUAUACAUCGGUUCCGCUAUCUAUACCGGUGGCGAACAAGGCGUCAUGGAAAAGUUCCAUGUCAGUCAGACGGUAGCCACUCUCGGCCUCACACUGUUUGUGCUCGGUUAUGCAAUUGGACCCAUGUUUCUCGCACCUUUGGCCGAAGCCCCUCCCAUAGGCCGUAAGCCGGUCUAUCUUGUGACAUUGUUCAUCUUCGUCGUCCUGAAUUUCCCGGUCAUCUACGCUCCGAAUAUCGCGACCCUUCUGGUGUUUCGCUUCUUGACGGGCUUCAUCGGAUCUCCUGUACUCGCCACGGGUGGCGCCUCAUUGGCAGACCUCUGGUCCAGAAAGAAGGUCGCAUACGCAAUCGGUAUCUGGGGCGUCGCCGCCGUCUGUGGACCCGUCCUGGGACCUCUGGUAGGAGGCUUUGCAGCACAACAUGAGACCUGGAGAUGGACAAUCUGGGAGCUCGUCUGGCUUUCCGGGUUCUGCCUGAUCUUGCUCAUCUUCACGCUCCCAGAGACCAGUGCCAACACCAUCCUCUACAAGCGAGCAAAGCGACUCCGAAAGUUGACGGGCAACCCCAACCUCAAGAGCCAGGCUGAUCUGGCAACUGAGAAUAUGCGAUUCAAAGACGUGGUGUCUGCCAGUUUUUACAGACCUUUCCAGCUCUGUUUCAGCCAGCCUAUUCUUCUUGUCACGAACGCCUACCUGGCUCUUGUCUACGCCCUGCUCUUUACAUGGUUUGAAGCAUUCACGAUCGUGUUCACCGAGAUUUACCACUUCAAUCUUGGAGAAAAUGGACUCGCAUUCUUGUGCAUCAUGGUGGGCGCCAUCAUCAUCAUGAUACCAUACUGCGUAUGGCUGUACAUGGUCCAAGAAAAGCAGUUUGACGAACAAGGAAACAUCGCUCCGGAAGAUCGUCUCCCACCCGCUAUAGUCGGCUCAUUCUUCAUCCCCAUCUGCAUGUUUGUGUUUGGCUGGUCAAGCAGGGAAUCCGUCCACUGGAUCGUUCCAAUGAUUGGGGCUUCCUUCUUCCCCAUGGGUGCGGUUCUGCUCUUCAACGCCAUCCUCAACUACCAGGCAGAUGCCUAUCCCGAGUAUGUCGGUUCCGUUCUGGCUGGAAACGACCUGAUACGCUGCAGCGUUGGAUCGGUCUUUCCGCUUUUUGCGCCUCACAUGUUCCACCAAUUGGGUGUUGACUGGGCCAGCUCCCUCUUGGGCUUUCUGGCCAUCGCCUUCGUUCCGAUCCCAUAUCUGCUGUACAGGUAUGGAAAGAAGAUUCGCAUGUCAAGUAACUACGCGAGGCAUAAUAUCUAG